GGAAAGUUCCGAUUAAAAAAAAGAAAAAAAGGUUGGGAGGAAUAUUUUGUAAUUUUCUCGAAGUGUGAUUGGACGAGAGGAAAAUUGAAAAAAUUGAAACCAUUUGAAAAUGACUCUCGGCGAAAGACAUGGAAUAGGCAUUCGCCAAACUGAGAGCUAGCAGGCACAAUGAGGCAGAGACACAGAGCCGAGGUUUCUCCACCAUCAUCAUCAUCAUCAUUGAGCUCAAACCGACCCGACAGGGCUCCUAAUUCCGAUCCGCAAGUGUCACCAAGAGCCAUCUUCGUACUCUGUUUGGCGUUCCGAAUCGCAAAUGCUCUGGUGGUGCAGACCUAUUUCAACCCAGACGAGCACUGGCAAGCCCUCGAAGUCGCUCACCGCAUCGUUUUUGGGUAUGGUCAUUUGACUUGGGAAUGGAAAAAAGGGAUUCGGAGCUACUUGCAUCCAUUGCUCUUUGCUUUGCUUUACAAAGUUCUAGCUUUGCUUGGUCUUGAUACACCAUGGUUCAUGAUAAAGGCCCCACGGCUGUUGCAGUCCAUAUUUUCUGCAGUUGGCGACUUGUAUUUGUACAAACUAUCUGAUCUCCUUUUUGACAAUUAUGUUGCGAAAUGGUCUCUCUUUUCUCAGUUGACAAAUUGGUUCAUGUUUUUCUGUUUCACUCGUACAUUUUCAAAUACUUUGGAGACUGUUCUUACCCUUGUGAGCCUUUACUACUGGCCCUGCAUGAGACCAGCUUCUGGCAAACCUCGCUUCUUGUCAAGGAGGUUGGGUGUGACUAUAGCAGCAUUUGCUUGUGCUAUUCGACCAACAAGUGCCAUAGUAUGGCUUUACGUUGGCUUUGUUGAGCUCUUUGAGGCGCGUGAUAGACUAAGAUUCGUUUUUCUUGAGGUUGCCCCUAUCGGGGUCCUGGUGCUUGGGCUUACUUGUAUUUUGGAUCGUUUGAUGUACGGAUCGUGGAUCUUAGUACCUCUUAAUUUUCUGAAGUUCAAUUUUCUUUCCUCUGGUGGAGAUUAUUAUGGAACUCACAAGUGGCACUGGUACUUCACUCAGGCAUUUCCAGUCAUGCUUCUCACUUUCUUGCCAUUUUCCAUAGCUGGCAUCAUGCAGUCCAGACAAUGGAAGAUUUCGGGUCUUAUUGCAUGGGUUUUAGGACUUUACAGUGUACUGGGUCACAAAGAAUUUAGGUUUGUUCUUCCUGUGCUUCCAAUAACUUUGAUGUUCUCUGGAUAUUCAUUAGCUACAAUGAGCAUGUCUUAUUCUCCAAAUGGUAGAAUGAAAGGGUCUUCAAACAUCCAUAAGAAGUGCCCGCCAAAAAUGCAAUUGGCUUUACUUUUCUUGCUAGCUACCAAUAUCCCAAUGGCUAUGUAUAUGAGUUUGGUUCAUCAGAGAGGAACUGAGGACGUAAUGAACCAUCUAUCCAAAGAAGUGCUCAAUGGGAAAGUGAGAAGUAUCAUUUUCUUAAUGCCUUGCCAUGCAACACCUUACUAUUCCACUCUCCACCGUAACAUCCCGAUGCAUUUUCUAGACUGCACGCCAUGCGAGGAUAAAGGAAUCCCAGAUGAGUCGGAUCGUUUCAUGAUGGACCCUGUUGGAUUUGUAUCUGAAUAUGCAAAGACCUGGUCUUUACCUAGUCAUAUUGUAUUAUUCGAGUCUGAAGAGAAACUGUUAAGGGAUUUUUUAAUAUCACAUUCUUUUAGAGAGGUCAAAAGAUUUUUCCAUGCUCACUUUAAGGUGGACCACGGUCUUCAAGCAUCAGUUGUCGUAUACGCUUCGACAAGCCAGUGAUCAUCUUCUGAUACAGCUGGGUUUUUGUAAUUGUAACCUUUGUACUUUUGAGUUUUCUUUUUACUUUAUGAAUAUGUAUUCAUUUUUUGUUCAAAAAUUAAAAUUUUGGUUUUUUAUGCGAUAAGUUAUUUUGAGAUAUCAACAAAUUUUAUACCUUGCUAUAUAACACAUAAGAGGAACAUUUUUUGAGGCCUAUAGUAAUUGCACUAAAUGAUUCUGAGA